AGUGCUUCCUGUGUCUCAGGCACACUGUAUCUGACAGUCCCUGUGCAUGGCAACAAAUCUUCCACCCUGAUCUGUGUUAUGCAGCCUCCAGCCUAGUGCAUCCUUCUACAUAGUCCUGCAGUGACAGACUGCCAAUUUUCCUUAUUACUUUUAACAGGCUUAAACAAUGGGUCACUUGUAUUUCCAUGUCACAUCUGCCCGUGGUCUGAGGAGGAAACCAGAAUCAAGAAACCACAAUGGAGCCCUCUAAGCAGGUUCGGGUGCUGCUGCUUAACCACAUGGAGAAGCUAGAUAAAAGACUCUUCAGGCUCGAACAGGGCUUUGAGCUACAAUUCAGAUUGGGGCCCACUCUGCAAGGAAAAGAUGUCAUUGUGUAUUCCAACUACCCAUCAAAUGGUGGCAUCUUCGACCGUCAAACUUUCCACCCUCUGCAGUGGCACAACCUAAGCGGCCGGGAGGAAGAUUCAGACAAGUUCUGUAAACUUGAUUUGAAGGUUGCUGGCUCAUACCAAUAUCGAUUCAACCUGUCAAAACAGAAGAAUGGGGAAGGUUACAUCGUGGUGGAUCCGGUGCUGAGAGUUGGAACCGAUAACCAUGUACUUCCUUUGGAUUGCAUCAACUGUCAGACCUUUCUCUCAAAGUGCUUGGGGCCUUUUGAUGAAUGGGAGGACAGGCUGAGAGUAGCCAAGGAGUCAGGCUAUAACAUGGUUCACUUCACACCGCUACAGACACUGGGAAAAUCUCGCUCUUGUUAUUCGUUGGCUGACCAGUUGCAGCUAAAUCCUGACUUCUCCAGGUCGGGGCGGAAAUACAGCUGGAGUGAUGUUGGGAAGCUGGUGGAGAAGAUGAGAAAAGAGUGGGGCAUGUUGUGCAUCACUGACGUUGUAUAUAAUCACACAGCUGCUAACAGCAAGUGGAUUCAGGAACACCCAGAGUGUGGGUACAACCUGGUGAACUCCCCCCACCUGAAGCCAGCAUGGCUCCUGGACAGGGCUUUAUGGCACCUGACCUGUAACGUUAUAGAUGGAAAGUACACUGCACGGGGACUUCCAGCAUUGAUUCAAAAUGACCAGCAGCUUAAUAAUAUCCGUGGCAUCAUGUGGGAGGACAUAUUCCCCAAACUCAAACUGUGGGAGUUUUACCAAGUCAAUGUUUCUAAAGCUGUGGACCAGUUCAGAACCCUGCUCACCCCUGGUGCUCAGAACAAAGGAUCAAAAGCUGAUUCAAAGCACCUUGUGAUCAUUCAGGACCCACAAUACAAGCGCUUUGGGUGCACUGUAGAUAUGGACACAGCCCUCAGCACUUUCAUACCACACAGUAAUGGCCCCUCUGCCAUUGAGGAUUGCUGCACCUGGUUCCGCAAACGGCUGGAAGAGCUGAAUGCUGAGAAGCACAAACAGAUGAACUUCCAUCAUGAACAGGCAGUGAAUUGCACUUUGGGCACCGUGACCUAUGAGCGACUUGCCAAUCAUGGUCCAAAGCUUGGCGCCAUUACCAAGAAAGAUCCCAUAGUUAUAAGAUACUUCACUUUCCCAUUUGGAGCGAUGUCUCUGGAAGAAGAGGAGCCGCUAAUGCACCAGCCAGAGAAAGCAUGUUACUUCUUGGCUCACAAUGGCUGGGUCAUGGGGGAUGACCCUCUACGGAACUUUGCUGAAUCAGACUCCAAUGUGUACCUGCGCAGAGAGCUUAUCUGCUGGGGGGACAGUGUAAAGCUACGUUAUGGUGACAAGCCAUCAGACUGUCCCUAUCUCUGGGAUCACAUGAGGAAAUAUACAGAAAUCAGUGCCACACACUUUCAUGGUGUGCGUCUUGACAACUGCCAUUCCACUCCCAUUCACGUGGCUGAGGAAAUGCUGGCCGCAGCCCGGUUAGUCAGACCCAAUCUUUAUGUGAUUGCUGAGCUGUUCACAGGCAGUGAAUAUAUCGACAAUGUGUUUGUCAACCGCCUGGGGAUAACCAGCCUCAUUCGAGAGGCCAUGAGUGCAUACAAUAGCCAUGAGGAAGGCCGGCUUGUAUAUCGCUAUGGAGGGGAGCCUGUGGGUUCCUUUGUGCAGCCAUGUCUCAGACCACUGGUUCCAGGAAUCGCUCACGCUCUCUUCAUGGACAUUACACAUGACAAUGAGAGUCCAAUAGAACAUCGAUCCGCCUACGAUUCAUUGCCUAGUUCUGCCAUUGUAUCUAUGGCAUGCUGUGCUACAGGCAGUAGUCGGGGGUAUGAUGAGCUGGUUCCACAUCAGAUUUCUGUGGUGACAGAGGAGCGGUUUUACACUAAGUGGAACCCAAAUGUGACUGUUCCCAAUGCUGGAGAGGUGAACGAGCACACUGGGAUUAUUGCAGGGAAGAAAGCACUAAACAGACUUCACCAAGAACUGGCCUCCCAUGGAUUCAUUCAAGUUUACGUGGAUCAGGUAGAUGAGGAUAUAGUAGCGGUUACACGGCACUGCCCCCAUACACAUCAAUCAGUUGUUGCAGUGUCCAGGACGGCCUUUAGAGACCCCCAAACCUCUUUUUACAGCAAAGAGGUUCCACAGAUGUGCAUUCCAGGAACAAUUGAGGAGGUAAUACUAGAAGCCAGGACUGUGGAGUGGAAAACUGAGCCAUACAAAAAGGAUGAGCAUUUCAUUAACGGCUUGCCGCAAUACACUGUGGAGAUCAGGGAACACAUUCAGCUCAAAGACAGUAAAAUUGUCAGGCAAGCAGGAGUCACCACAAAAGGACCGAAUGAAUAUGUUCAAGAAAUAGAUUUUGAGAAUUUGACUCCAGGAAGCGUGAUCAUCUUCAGAGUGGGUUUAGAUCCGAAUGCACAGAAAGCUGCGGGCAUCUUACGUAAUCAUCUGAUCCAGUUCACCCCUCAGUUCAAGUCAGGCAGUCUGCAAGAUGAUGAGCUGUAUCCAAUCCUGAAAGUGCCUUUUACAAACAUUGUCCAUAAACUGUCUUUAGCUGACCUCAACCAAGUAUUGUAUCGAUGUGAUGCAGAGGAACAGGAAGAUGGGGGUGGUUGUUACAACAUCCCAAACUGGACUCCUUUGAAGUACGCGGGCCUGCAAGGCUUACUAUCUGUCAUGGUUGACAUUAGGCCUAAGAAUGACUUGGGACAUCCAUUUUGUGAUAAUCUGCGCUCUGGAGAUUGGAUGAUUGAUUAUGUCAGUAACCGUCUGAUUACACGUGGAGGGGCGUGUGCAGAAGUGGGAAAGUGGUUUGCAGCUAUGUUCUCCUACUUGAAGCAAAUUCCACGUUACCUUAUCCCGUGUUAUUUUGAUGCCAUAUUGGUUGGGGCAUACACCACGCUCUUGGAUGCUGCAUGGAAGCAGAUGUCCAGCUUUGUACAGAAUGGAUCUACCUUGGUGAAGCACCUGGCACUGGGGUCAGUUCAGAUGUGUGGAGUCGGAAGAUUUCCUGCCUUGCCCGUUCUGUCACCUUCUCUGCAGGAUGUGCCCUACCGUAACAACAACAUUACACAGGAGAAAGAGCAGUGCUGUCCUUCACUAGCAGCUGGUCUUCCCCAUUUCUCUUCUGGGAUUUUCCGCUGCUGGGGUAGAGACACGUUCAUUUCCCUGAGGGGUUUGCUGCUCAUCACUGGCCGCAAAACUGAGGCUAGAAACAUUAUUCUUGCAUUUGCCGGCACUCUGAGACAUGGGCUAAUCCCUAACCUUCUUGGCCAGGGCACGUAUGCCAGAUAUAACUGCCGUGAUGCUGUGUGGUGGUGGCUGCAGUGUAUACAAGACUACUGUAACAUUGUUCCUAAUGGCAUAUCAAUCCUGAAGUGUCCGGUCUCCAGGAUGUACCCCAAAGAUGAUUCUUCCCCAACAGCUGCCGGAGAAGUAGACCAGCCCCUCUAUGUCGUUAUCCAGGAGGCUCUGCAACGCCAUGCACAAGGUAUCAACUUCCGAGAGAGGAACGCUGGGCCCCAAAUAGACCGGAACAUGAGAGAUGAAGGCUUUAAUAUCAAUGCUGGGGUGGAUCCGGUAACUGGUUUUGUUUUCGGAGGGAACCGGCUAAAUUGUGGGACCUGGAUGGACAAAAUGGGGGAAAGUGAAAAAGCUAGAAAUAGAGGAAUUCCAGCAACUCCAAGGGAUGGCUCUGCCGUGGAAAUUGUCGGCCUCAGUAAAUCUGCAGUGCGUUGGUUAAAGGAGUUAAGUGAGAAAAAUAUUUAUCCAUACAAAGGAGUUACAGUGCAGAGGAAAGGAAAAGAGGUGCUGCUUACCUACUCAGAGUGGAACCAGUGCGUACAGGAUCACUUUGAGAGAUCUUUCUAUGUCUCAGAGGACCCUUCUGAUCCCAAUGAACAACGUCCAGACCUGGUCCACAAAUGUGGCAUUUACAAGGAUAGCUAUGGGGCAUCCAGUCCCUGGUGUGAUUACCAGCUGCGGCCAAACUUUGCUGUUGCCAUGGUGGUGGCCCCAGAGCUCUUCACUCCUCUCCAUGCCUGGAAAGCUCUUGAUGUUGUAGAGAAGAAGCUAAUGGGACCUUUGGGAAUGAAAACUUUAGAUCCAGAUGACAUGGUAUACUGUGGAAUUUAUGACAAUGAUCUGGAUAACGAUAAUCAUAACCUUGCAAAAGGAUUCAAUUACCAUCAAGGACCGGAAUGGCUCUGGCCCAUUGGGUAUUUCCUGCGUGCCAAGUUAUAUUUUGCAAAACUGAUUGACCGGGAAGCAUACCAGAAAACAGUGGUUUUAGUGAAGAAUGUAUUGUCCCGCCACUACACACAUCUGGAAAGGUCCUCCUGGAAAGGUCUUCCUGAACUAACCAACGAGAAUGGCCAGUACUGUCCCUUCAGCUGUGAGACGCAAGCCUGGUCUCUCUCUGUAGUGCUGGAGGUCCUACAUGAUCUGUAGAGCAUGCCCAUCACUAAACCUUAUUUUGUCAUUGCAUUUGUGAUGUUUCAGGACAGUUUCUCCUUAUAAAGAAGCACAGGGUUGGAUUGUGCAAUAGUACACCUUGUUGAAGAAACUGCAAGCAAAUGAUUGCCUUGAAAUGUGAUAAACUUUGUCACAAGGAUGCUAAUUGAUAAUACCUAAUCACUGAAACCAAUACCUUCCUUUUGAAAUGCUUUGUUUACUUUGCACGUAACACAUAGAAGUCAUAAAAUAAUUACGUUUGUACUAUUGUAUAUGUUUUUCUGUUUUUAAAAAUGUAAAUACAUUCACAGAACCCUGAUAAUUAACUUAAAUUGUUGCUAACUCUCAAUUUAUCAAGAGUAAAUUGACAGUAACUGCUGGGAUUGCUGCUGCAAGACGGGGAUCACAUGUUCAGAGUGUUCCGUUAUAAAGUAGUUUGAGAGAUGCAUGAGUAGAUCUGCAGUGGUGCAGUGCAAGUGGGCUGAUGUCAGUUAGGAAUUAAGAAAACUGCAAAAGAUAGGAAUAACAAAUUAUAUUUAAGUCUGUUACACAGAGAACCAUAAUAUAUCAAUGUCUACAUUACUGUAUCAUCAUAGCAACUACAUGUGAUCUGAGCAUAUAAAACAGUGUAAACUAAUUUAGAUGAGCUUGUUUUCAUGAUGUCACUUGUCUCCCGUAAAUAUCUGUGCAAUAAAGCAUAUGAUAUAACUGUA